CAGUUGGGUGUGUGCGGGAGAGUUUAAAAAAAUUGUUACCACAAUUUACAUAAUUAGAAAAGUUAAUUUGCAACAGGUAAUUAAUUAGUAUUUGUACAAAUUAACAAAAUAUAGAAAUAAAACACUUUUUCUUGAAAUAGUUUGUCUCAAAAUUAAAGCGACGAAAUAAUCGAAAUAUAACAUCAAUAUUUUUUUCUGAACAUUAAGUUUGAUAGUUUAUGUAGUAUUUUGUAAUUUCAAGUCGAUCUUACAUUGUUUACUAUAACUAUAAGUAUAACUGAUUUAAUAAAAGAACUAAUAAAACUACUGGACAUAUGUUUUAUUCAAAUUUAUUUUGACAAUAUAUUAGGUAAUCGUAAGUUAACUUGACUUUUCGGUUGACGUUGACGUUUGCUGUCAAAAUAAAAAAACAUUGAAAUGCAUAAGACCAUUCAUGGUUGCCGUUUUACGUUGCUGUUGGUGACUUUCAACAUGAACGAAUUUUAUCUUUUCUCGUCGGCAGUUCGUAACGGCUUUUGUAACAAUAGAAAAGAGCCAGUCACAUUCGAUUUCGUUUGUCAUGUGAUUUUGCCUAAUGCUCCCAAUAAAUCCCAUAAUAUCGUCCACAAAUACCGGAUUACAAACAUAAACAAAAAGCAGUACACACGUCAAAAAGAAUAACAAAGUUUUUAGAUUAAGUGCAGCCACGGCAAGUUUAUGAAUAGGGUCAAUAUACGUAAAAAACAGCAAACGUCAUCCUCGAACGGCCCUAAAUAUACAGUGUGUUAGAUUUUAUUCCACUAAAAGUAAAUAAAGAACAGACUGAAAUACUUCAAUUAUCGUUAACUCAUUGAAAUCAUAGUUACAUCAUAGUUAAUAAUAAUAAACUCUUUAAAAUAUUGUUUUCACUUUUAUUUUAUUUCGUAGAGUUUAAUCACCUUUAGAAGCCCUGAAACGAGUUUUGAGAAAUUGCCUUCCGAGUGUAAUCACAAAGAUUUUGUUUUGCUUGUUGUCUUAUACAUGAAGGAACUCAUGUAAAUGAAUUUUGUUAUGAAAGUUUCUUUAUAUAAAACUCUUUUAUAAAUGUGUAUUAUUAUUUUAGAUCAUUAUAAUUAAGGUAAGCUUUUGAAAAUAUAUAAUUAAAUACAUAUAGAUAACACCAAAAAAUUGAAAAUAUGUCACAUAUUCAGUUAUCACAAUGUGAUUUUCUUCAUGUCACACUAUAUAAAAACAGAAUGUUAUACAAAUCCAACUUGGUCCUUAGAAUAUAAUAUAAAAAAGAAUAAUAUAUUCUAAACAAAAACUAUAAUCAGUUAACAAAUAAAUGAGGUCCUAUACAUGUAAAAAAUGUAUAAAACCUUUUUUUACCAUAUUUAUAAGAAGUAAAGAAAGGAUUUAACACGCCAAAAUAAAUCUGUUAAUGUUAGAGAACGUAUGUCACUAUAUUAGCUAAUCUACUGAAUUUAUCGAAUCAAAAAAUACAAAUUAGAGGAUUCAACAUAAAAUAAUACUAAUAACUAAUCGAUUGAUGACUUACAUAAAUUUUUAUGAUAUAUAACCUGCUUCAAGUACUUAUAAUAUCCCAUACCUCAUCAAACAAUGAGAUUCUCAUGGUCGCAAUCUGCGUUUAAACUUAUAAAUAAUACUGUCCGAGAGUUGCUAUUCAAGUUUUGAGAAAAACAAAUAAAAACAAUUGGACAUGGCUUUAUUGUUUAUUCUCAAUUAGGAUCAAUACACUGCACCCCACGACAUCGGUUAAUUUUUGAGCGAUUGUCAAAUUAUACGGUAUCCUACGCGAUCUUUUAGACAGCGAAAUGUUCUUACGAGUGCCCUGUAUGACAACACGUUCUGUGUCAAUGUCACAUCAGUGUUGCCAUAUCUUAAAACAUAAGUAACAACCUUCGUAUAUACGACUGCAAUCGGUAAAGAGCUCCGGAUGUAUAGUUGUACAUUAAAUAGUUAUUUAUAUAACAUCCAUGCUAUGUUUAUAUUAGUUUACAGAUUUUUAUGUUGACAAACAAUUAUCGUUUAUUUGAAUAUAUAUAGAAUAAUUUAUUUUGAAUCUCUUUUUUGAGAUUUCAUAAACUCAAUAUCGAAUAUAUAAAGAAGAGUCUAAUUUCUUUAUUGGUUGUUGAGGUGACAUCAGGAUCGCAUUUAUUAAUUAACGUUAAUUAUUUGCGUGUGUAGAACAAUUUGAUAAUUUUAUAUUCAAAAUCAUACCCACCUUCUCCAUUUAACUAAUUAUGUCAACUUUGUUAUGAAAAUAGGGCGUAAUAUCAGUUAUGUAACAAAUUUUCUAGGUGUUAAUCAUUAGAUAAACAUAAUAUUCAGUAUUUAACAAUUUUUAUUUAUUAAUAUAGUGUUUUACAAAAAAAUUAGUAAAGAUAAAGUAAGUAUAAUGCUUUGCUAUCUUGUAUUUAUUGACGUUUCAUGUGUCAAAAUGUUUAUAAAAGUUAUAGCUGUCUAAAAAGUUUUGAACUUUAACCUAAAGAUAAUAAAACUUAUUAAGAUUCACAGACUAUUCCAAUUUUGAGGUUAUGAAAUCUUUUUAAAAAUUUCAAGUAUCGAUUAAAAAGUUUUCUUAUGAGGUUUAAACCUUUCAGAAAAUAUUUUUAUAUGUUGUAUUCAGAUUAAUUUCCGGUCAAAUUUCAAUAUCAAAAUUUGACCAGAAUGGCGCUCCUGUCGCACGAGAUAUCAUAUGAUAGUUCAGCUCAGUCUUCCGUCCGUCUUUGAAUAUGCAGUGUUAAAAAAUUUUAAAUGACUAGACUAACAAAACUCAACAAACCACCUUGUUCAAUUAACUAAUAUUUCUAUUGUUUUUUUUUUCUAGAUAAGCUUUCUUUGUAAUCAGAAUUAACCGAAUAUUCUUAUUAUACGGGACAUCGCCCACGUACUUAAACAUAAAUAAGUACAAAUCACUUUAUCUACAAGGAAAUCUAUCACAUCCUGUUAAUCGCCAGUUAACGUAUCGACCUGAGAUUGAAACUACAAUAAUUGUUUUAGAAAAAUACGUCGCAAUGUUCGCUAAAACAAUGUUGACUAUUUUUUUACUCAUAACGUGCUAUUUAACAGUAUCUGGAGAACUUAUAUUGCACCACGAUACAGAAGAUAAUCCGAAGGUUUGUUCGAUAAGAACACCGUGUAUCAAAAAGUGUUGUCCUGAAAAUUAUAUUUUGAAAAAGCAAAAUUGCACGUACGCGCCAACUUCUAAGCUCGAGUUUAAAGUAUACGAUGUACAAGAACAAGUCAACGAUACUGUGGAAUUUAACGUUAUACAUAAUCGAGACUGUACUCCCGAGCAGAAUUUGAGGUUAGAAGCCGAGUUUGAGGAAGACACGUAUUAUAUUCAGAAAAAUGGAACUAUCUUGAAGCCAUUUGAUGAAAGUUUUCCUCGAAUUUCUUAUAGCCAUUACUGUUUGGAUAACAUCGAGAGAAAAGGUAAAACGGAGUUUGCAGUUAUAGUUUGUUACGAUGCGGAUAAUUUAGAAGAUACCGUUUCUCGUCAAACGAAUUCUUUAGGAAUGAUAAUAUCGAUGCCUUUUCUUCUGGCCACGUUCCUGGUGUACCUGAUUUUACCUGAAAGAAACUUACAUAGAAAAGCCUUGAUGUCUUACGUAUUCACCUUACUGGCUGCGUAUAUUACUUUGGUUACCAUUCAAAUGUAUCCGUAUCAAUUCAAACCUGUGCCAUGUCAAAUUUUGGGAUAUUGUAUCAUAUUUUUCUUCCUGGUGUCCUUCUUUUGGAUGAAUGUUAUGUGCAUAGACAUGUGGCUAGCUUUCAGUGGAAUGCGAACAGUGAUGUCAAAGAAAUAUGCUGAAAGAAAAAGAUUCAUUAUUUAUUGUAUUUACGCUUGGGGUACGCCGAUAAUCCACGUGGGAAUAGUUUUAUUAUUGAAUACACAUUCACCCCCAGACGCCGACUAUUAUCCAAAGAUUGGGGACCCCAGAUGCUUUUUAGGAGACGGAAUGCCGACGUUUUAUUACUUUUAUCUACCGAUGGCCAUCAUCAUCGGCAUUAACAUUGUUUUCUUCAUUUUGACCACCGUACGAAUUCAACAAAUUAAAAAAGAAACAUCGAUGCUGAAACAAACAGAAAGCAAAAAGUCAUACGAAGAUGAUAAACAAAAGUUUAACCUGUACUUAAAACUGAUGUUUGCAAUGGGUAUCAAUUGGAUUAUGGAGUUAAUAUCAUGGACAGUCGAGAAAUUGUUACGUGACACUCCUACGUUUAUUUGGUACUUGUCUGACUUCACUAAUGCCAUGUACGGAGUUCUUAUUUUCGUUAUAUUUGUCUUUAAAAAGAAGAUUUGGCAAUCGUUGAAGAAGAGAUACUAUGUAUUUAUUGGUAAACCGCAUCUUGCCCACUCUUUUACUACGUCAUCGGCUCGCGGUACCCGGGCAAGUAAUUAUUCGACUACUGAUACCGCCGUCAGUACUGAUUACCGUCUCAAUGAUAUGAAGAGGAUCCCAGAAGAGUCAGCACUUAACAGAACUUGAAGCUGAAAAAUAUGUUUGUUCUAUGUGUUCCGGAGCUAUAUUGCACCAAAGAUAAUAAUAAUUGUAACUUUAGUAAAUAGGUAAACACAA